AUGUCUCAUUUUUCAACUAAAUCAAUUCAUGGGGGAGAUCAUUUGAAAAGAACGGUUGAUGUUAUAACUCCAAUUCAUAUUUCAACCACAUAUAGUUAUUCAAAUAAUCCAGAUGAAUUAAUACCAGGUGCAUUAACUGAUCCAAAUACUUUAGUAUAUUCAAGAGAAAAUCACCCAAAUGCAGCACAAGUUGAAGCUAUUGUUGAAUCAAUAACUGGAUAUCCUUGUAUUGUAUAUAAUUCUGGAUUAUCUGCUUUCAAUGGAUUAAUGACUCAAAUUAAUCCUAAAGUUUUAGCUAUUGGUCAAGCAUAUCAUGGAUGUCAUGGUAUAGCAGAAAUUUGGCAACGUAAUUUUGGAUUAAAGAAAAUAGAUAUAAAUGGAGAUUUAAAUGAAUUAAAAAAGGGAGAUUUAAUGCAUUUAGAAACUCCUAUAAAUCCAUAUGGUACUUAUGCCGAUAUUUCCAAAUAUGCUGAAAAAGCUCAUGAAAAAGGAGCUUUAUUAUCAGUUGAUGCAACAUUUGCUCCUCCACCAUUAUUAGACCCUUUCGAAUUUGGUGCUGAUAUAGUUAUGCAUUCAGCAACAAAAUUUUUUGGAGGACAUUCUGAUUUAUUAGCUGGUUUAUUAUUAGUUAAAAAUAAUGAAUUAAAAGAACAAUUAUUAUUGGAUAGAUUAGUAUUAGGUACAAAUAUAGCAAAUUUAGAAAGUGCUUUACUUGUAAGAAGUUUAAGAACUUUUGAAUUAAGAGUAUCAAGACAAACUAAAACUGCUGAAAUUAUUGUUAAAUUUUUAAAUGAUAAUAAAUCAAAAUUCCCAAAAUUAGAUAAAAUAUAUCAUGGAUCAUUACAAUCAGAUGAAUUUAUAUCAAAACAAAUGUCUAAUGGUCAUACACCUGUUUUUGCAAUAGAAUUAAAAACUGAAUUAGAUGCAAAAUCAUUCCCAUCAAAAUUAAAAUUAUUUCAUCAUGCUACUAGUUUAGGUGGUGCUGAAAGUUUAAUUGAAUGGAGAGCAAUGAGUGAUUCUCAUAUAAGUAAAAAACUUUUAAGAUUAUCAAUUGGUUUAGAAGAUCCAAGAGAUUUAUUAAACGAUUUAAUUAAUGGAUUGAGUAGUGACGAAAAUGACAAGAACGUGUUGGUUGAAGAAAUUAAAAAGUUGAAUAUAUAG